CCGGGGGCUGCGGGACCCGAGCGGGAGGAAGGCGAGGGACCCCGAGAGGAAGGUAUUGCCUAUCAGAAAACCAUGGGCAAUUUCAAAGGGCACGCCCUCCCUGGGAGCUUUUUCCUUCUUUUUGGCUUGUGGUGGUCAGUGAAGUACCCACUGAAGUACGCCUGCAGAAAAAACAAGAACGCUUGCUACCUCGGCUCCAGGGCAGGCUUCCAGCGCCUGGAGUUCGUGGAGGGCAUCAUCAAAGCUCUCUUUGCCCUCAUUGGGAUGGUGGCUGAGCAGUUUGUUCCCGAUGGGCCUCAUCUGAAGCUGUACAACUACGAGAAGAAGCACUGGGACCACCUGAUGAACUGGCAGCACGCCACCAUGUACCUGUUCUACGGCAUUUCGGGGCUGGUGGACGCCGUGGCUCACGGCACCAGCGCGCUGCCCGCGGCCGUGGACAGGAUGGUGCUGUCCCUAGCAGUCUUCACUGAGGGUUUUCUCUUCUGCUACCACCUUCAUGGGAGAGCCAUGCUGGAUGUUCACGUUCAUCAGUUACUGCUAUUUGCUAUCUUUGGAGCUGCUGCCUGCAUAUUUUUGGAAGUUUUUUUCCGUGGCAGUAUCGUGCUAGAGAUGCUCCGUACAAGCCUCUGCAUAUUACAAGGCAGCUGGUUCUGGCAGAUUGGCUUUGUACUUUAUCCUCCAAAUGGAAGCCCAGAGUGGAAUCAAACAGAUCACACUAACAUGAUGUUCCUGACCAUGUGCUAUUGCUGGCAUUAUGCUUUUGCUUUUCUUAUACUUGCAGUGAAUUACACAAUUGUCAGCUGGGCGGUCCGUUCGAAGGUGAAGCAGUCCCAGCCCAUGGAAAUGGGUUUACUGAAAACGUCUGAACGAGAUCAUGAGUCAGAAGAAGAAAUUUAGAAUGAGUAUGGCUUGACCAGUUUGCCCACUCCAACCAUUAGGCUAAUUGAUACCUCAUUUCUACAUUUUUUGCCAUCUUAUUAAUUUUUUAUUAUGACCUGCUUUGCAAAUAUCAAUCCUCUGUGAUGUCUACAUCUACACAGAAUUUUUUUUUUGUGAAGGGUAAGAUAGAUAUUGGUUCAUGGUUGUUGCACUAGUUACUUGUUUAUCACAUGCUUCACAGAAAAUCAGACUAGUAUUAGACAGACUUGUCAUGGAUGAGGUGGCACAAUGAAGUUUUUAUGUUUGCCUUAUUAAAAGCUCAGCAAAACGUUUUUCAGCCGCUGCUGGACAUGAAGUUUCCUUAAUCAGGGUGUCUAAAUAUGUGUGUUGGUUGUCCUGCAAGUGCCUGUGGAUAAAUAAGUGUGCAGACCUGGAUCACAGUAGAACAAGAUAAAGAAACCUCAGUCUUGCA